CGCUUCCUUUCCCACAACCCUUUCGCUUUCCCCGAGCAGCGAGGUCAGCGGAGGAAGCAGCAGCAGCAGCAGCAGCAGACGCAGGUACGGGAUCGGACGCCUUUGAGAGCGCUUGCUCCAGCAGAUGCGCGCUGAGGACUAGGAGCGUGGGCAGCUUCCUAGGACUUGUCGAGCUGGAAGGGAUCCCCCGGUCAUCUAGUCCAACCCCCCCUGCAAUGCACGAACCUGCCACGUGGGGUUCGAACCCGCGACCUUGAGAUUUAAGAGUUUCAAGGUCUCCCGACUGAGCCGUCCUGAACCUCUGCUUAAAAACCUCCAGGAUGAUAGGAAAGGAAAGGAAAGGAAAGGAAAGGAAAGGAGUCCAUAUAAAGGCAAAGGCACGAGGAGUUGUGCCUAACUUGGGAAGGGCGUUACCCACAGCUUGCGAGGAAGGCAGGGGCUCCGCCGAGUCGGGCGCGUAUCCCCGACGGUCCUCCUGUUGCCAGAGAUAUUGUUACCUGGCUGCCCUGAGCAGGUAACGUAGUAACCGCUGAAAGGGCGGCGUGAAAUCCUGGCAGCGCAUCUCCCGCGGCCCAUCUGGGCGAUCCCCACCUCCGCGGGCGAGCAAGUUUGUAGAAAUCAGCGACUGAAAACGGAAGGCUGGAGAGAUGCCGCCUGGUCUCCUCAGCUGCCAACAUAGAAACUAAAUAGGAGAAAGCAAACCCCACAACUUGCUGCAGAGGAUGGGUUGGGGUCCUCUAGCACCUCUGUAUUGUCUAGAUAAAUCUCUCCCAUCCCCUCCUGGAGACUUGGAACCAUUUGCCCAAUGCCUUGAUAAACCACAGCAAUUGAAUAUAGAGCUGUAUUUAUAACUUGUUCAGAGUUUUUUUAGGGGGUGGGGGCAGUUACAGCAAAACAGCCCCCCAUCACCAGCCUGUUCACCCAAAACUAACUGCCUAGCACCCACGAUUUCAAUGGGCUACGGUCAUUGGGGUUGAAUCAGUUGCGUAUUAGGGCUGUUUGGUGAGGUGUGCUUUUUCUUGAAAAGUUAACCUUGCUUUGGGUUCUUCUACAAUUCCACAGUGGCUCAGAGCAUUCAACAGGAGAGAAGCAACUUUAUAAAUCUGCCUCUGUUGCUGCCUUUUUAAGGCCAGGGCUCCAGAGGCCUUCAUAGCUGUGUGUUAAUUCACUGGAUGAUUUCUUUUAACACUUUGUUUCAGCAGCUGAAUUUCUGCAUGCCGUUCACCUUUAAAAGACACACGUUAGACAGCAGCUACCUUCACAACUGGGAGUCGGUACUUGGCUAUAACAAAGCAAGUUUGCAAGCCGGAGUUGUAGGGGUUAAGUGUCUAAAGAAAGCAGAAACCUGACUGGUAGGACAGGUGCUGAUUCUGACAUGCUUAACUCCCACACUAGCUUGAAGCAGUUUUAAAAAAUUUGAAUGGAGUAGCAUGGAUUUCAAUGAUGAUUUGCACUGGAGACUGAAAGUGAUGACUGCCUGAAUUUAAUUUACAGGAGAUUAAAUGUUUUGUGAUUAUCGUUCUGUAGCAGCACGUUUUACCAUCCUUUGGCAAAUCUCCAUGAAGAUUUAUAGGGAUGUCACCCUCUUCGGCCGCCAUACCUGGCCCUGCUCUUCUCCCUUGGCCAGCACGGAAUUCAGCAGAUAAAGCUUUUCUUGGCCUGCAAGAAAGUGCUGAGAAAAAUUCACAUGUAAAAUGUGGAGCUGUCAUUAAAGGCCAGAAAUAAAAGGAGGCAACCGGUUCACUUGCCACCUUUUGUUUCUGGUCUUGCUUUGAGCCCUUAACAGUAGCCUAACUUUCUACCAGUUCAGUUUUUGGCAUAGCUGUCAACUUUUCCCUUUUUUAAAGGGAAAUUCCCUUAUUCUGAAUAGGAUUCCUCGCAAGAAAAGUGAAAAGUUGAGAGCUAUGGUUUUUGGUUGUUGAAGAAGUACUGGGGCUAAGGGAUUAAUAGGGCAAAGACCAAAAUAUCCUCCCUUAUCCGAUGAACAGUUAGAACACAGAAAUGAAUAAAAACAAAUGUGAGGACACAAGGGACCAGAAAAUGAAGUAAUUUAUCCUAACUCAGCAGAGUAGAGCUAAGGGGAGAGUGUGCAGUUUUCACUUCCUCAGGUCAGUUGUUGUUGUUAGAAUUUAUAUACCGCCCUAUACCUGGAGGUCUCAGGGCAGUUCACAGAGUCUCAGUGACCUUCUUAUCGCAGCAUGCUGGCCAGGGGUGGGGUGGGGUGGGGGGCACUUCACUUGCUAAUUUCUAGCCUGCCAAGCGGCUGUUAAAGGCACAUGCUUUUUGGGUGGAUUCUUAGUCCAGAAUGAAUUUCCCAACCUGCAUAGACUUUCUUUGCUCCUGGAUUGGUUAAAGCGUAGCAAUUAACCCCUACUAUGUCCAGUGAGUGAUUCUUAUCCAAAUUAAGCAGAUUCACUUAAAUAAAUGGAUUUGGGUUGCUUGUCAAUUGAUUUCAGCCAGUCCACUUUGCAAAUGAGCAACUUGGGGUGGUACCGUUACUUGGAGUGGGGGCAGCAGAAGCGGCUUUUUAUUAUACCCAUUUUCUUCCCUUGUCCCACUUGAACUAGCUAUUACAAAACAGAGUGAAUGUGUAAAAUGGCUGCAGUUCAGCCACAACCAUUACAUGGAGAGAUUACAUAAAAAGGGUGAUAAGUUUUGCAAACAUUAUGAAACAAGUCCGAUUUCACAGGACAAAUUGAUAUGAGUGGAAAGGUCUCUACUUGUUUAACUGAUCACGUCUCUUACUUUUGAAGCCACUUUUUUCCUGUUAGGCUUGUUGUAGAAGCAUUGUAAUAACUUACACAACCUCUGCCCUAUUUUACCAAAUGUAUUAUGUAGAGAGUUCAAAUUACACUGAAGAGAGGAGGAUGGGCGUUUUCCUUUAGCACAUUUGCCUCCAGUAGGGAAUUAAUUCUCAUUCCCGUGGUUGGCAGAGUCAAUAUCUUAAAAACCCCUGGCCCUGAUGUUCCUGUGCCUUUCAUAGUGAACCUGGAUAUAGAGAAAUGAAACAAUCAACAUUUUUUCCUGGCAUGGAGAUAACAUGAUGGGAAGCAUUUACUUUUUGCAUGUUGGUCCGCUGCUGGUGUUGUAAUAAAUAAAAAAAAAUCCUAAUUAUUUGCACAAACAAUUUAUUGACUAUGGCAGGAAGGAUAACCUAGUGAGGUACAGUGGAAUCCUUACCAUGUCAACUCAGAAGUAUGUCCCAUUGAAUUCAAUGGGGCUUCCUUCCAGGCAAGUGAGGUUAGGACUGCUGCCAUAGAGCAUGUCCAGAAAUUCAUGUUCAUAAAACAGGCAGGUGGAGUAUAUGUGAACUCUGAGCUUUUUUUACCUUGCUGCACCCAAAAAGAGCCUUUUCUAAGUAUGCUAAGCAACAGUUAGAACAAUUAAUUGGAACAAGUUAUACGGGUUUCUGUAACACCUUCCUGUUUAUAAGGCUUGGCCUCCUCUCAGGUAAUACUUCCAUUACCAUAUUUGCUGUAAUACCUUUCUUCUGGGAAAGUUGCAACCUUCAUCCUCUUCUUUCCACCUAAAUCUAAUUGAAUCCCAUUUGCACUUUAAAAAAUGCUGAAUUGCACACGCGCACAUGGAUUGGUAACCACAGACAGCUCAAGUGGAGAGUAAUAGUCCUGCUCUAUUCUGCCACACCUGGAAUUCUGUGUCCAGUUCAUGGAUGCUUUAGUUGAGAUUCCUGCAUUGCAGGGGGUUGGACUAGAUGACCCAACUCUACGAUUCUCUGAUUCUACAUGUUUGGGACUCACCAAUCAAACACUACAGAGUUUUUUGUAUGAACUGAAAACACGCAGCACUGUUCAACAGAAUCAGUUCCCCACCUUCAGUCUUUGGAAACCAGUUGAGGCGGCCAGUUUGUUGCUGCAGCAGGGCAGCAACCCUUCCUUGCUGUUGAACCCUCAGCCACUGGCACGCAAAGGCAUAUAGGCCCAACUAUCACCUUUUCUGCACUGCUAAUAUUUUGUUGGUAUUUGUGAAACUGCACUUUGCAAAGUCAACUCUCACCCAAUUUGCAUAUUUGUUUCAGAAAUGGAAGCGCUUCCCUCAUGGGCUCCUGCUGUUGCUUUCACACUCUUGCCAAACGCCGGGAGCAUUUGGGGAGGUAGGAUUGUCAAGAAAGAACUGCCCACGUGGUAUGAAUCACUGGAGAAGCCAUCUUGGCGCCCCCCCAACUGGGUUUUCCCACCUGUCUGGGGAGCAUUAUAUUCGUCAAUGGGGUAUGUAGUCUUAUAUUUACAAUAUAGUUGUUUACAGCCUUUAAAAAUAUGUACACUAAGAAAUCUGAACUUGCCUAAGUAAAUCCUAUCAAGCUCUCUUCUGGUUUUGGAUAUCUGAAGGGAUUAUGCCCAUAUUUUACCCUAUGGGCUAACAAAUUUGCUUAUUAAAAAGAAAAUGAAAGUAGAGAUUCUUAGCAACAUGAAGUUUGAGAAUUUUCAUGCUCCUGAAGAUUGUGGCAAAAGCUCAUUUCCAGGUUUUUUUUAGCACUUGCCCAGAGAUGUAAAGUUUUGAUGUCUGCAAUCUAGAACUUAAGGGCACAGGCUGAGGUAUGUAUCACUUGGUACUAGGCCUAUAAAUAUACGUACCUAUAAAUAAUGGUGGAGCAUGCACAUUUGCUAGUACCAGUGCUGGGGUAGGUGCAGUAGCCCUGUAUGACGCUGCCUUAUGACGAGUGAGGCCAUUGCUCCAGGUGCAUCAGUAUUUGUCUUCACUGACUGCUUUCAAACAGGUCUUUUCCAGCAAUACUUGGAAAUGCCAGGGAUCAAACCUGGGUCCUUUUGUAUGCAAGACAUCUGCUCUCCUCCAAUGCCACAUGACAGUCAUAAGAUAACUUAGUGUGGCAUCACUGCUUCACCUUUUCACAGCACCCCUGACAUUUGCUUGCAAGAAACAGCUUCCUUCACAGCUGCAGCCAUAGUGUGGUUUGCAGCUGAGAACUUGCUUAGGGAAUGGCUGAACAGGAAGUUAGGUAGCCUUGCCCAUCUGACUGGGUUGCCUAUUAAAAGCAGGGAUUUGAAACCCUGCCACUGGGACCUAGCUAGCAGGACAGGGAGGGGAUCCAGUCUGUUUUGAACAGGUGGUUUCCGCAAAGUGUUUUCCGCAUUGUUCAGUGCCACCUGGUGGAAGAGAAUGCAAAAGCUAGUUUUCACAAGCUUAAGAUUACACAUCUUCUUCUUUGGCAAUCACUCAUAGCCGAGUAAGAUUGUCUUCCAUAAACACGGUUUUAACAAUGAGUCCAUAAGUGACUGUGGAGGCCAGUUCUGGAUCCAUGUGUCCUUCCACAGUGGGGACAUUGGUUUCCGGGCAGGAGUUGAUCACGGUGUGGAUUUGCCAAGCGUGCCUUCCUCCUAGCAUGUUUCUCCCUUGUGUCCUGAGUUCAAGUGUCUUCAAAGUCCAUGACACCUUUGGUAAAGGCUGUUCUCCAACUGGAGCGCUCGCAGACAAGUGUUUCCAAAUUGUUGGUGUUUAUACUACAUUUUUAAAAAUUUGCCUUAAGACAGUCUUUAAACCUCUUUUGUUGACCACCAGCAUUACGCUUUCCAUUUUUAAGUUCAGAAUAGUUGCUUUGCAAGACGAUCAUCAGGCAUCCGCACAACAUGACCAGUCCAACGAAGCUGAUGUUAAAGAAUCAUGCGCCAAAUGUCGCAUGUAAUUGCACAUUACACUUAAAUGUAAAGGAACAGCCCUGCUGCUUGAACCACCUCAUCUUUUAAUGUAUGCACAUUUAUUUCUUACGUCUCACAUAUGCAAUAUGUUCCACCCUUCCUCUAAGAAACUCGUUUUUAUCCUUAUCAGAGGAGCCUGGCUGCAAAUGUCACUGAGCAAGCUUAAGGGCAGAGUAGGAAUUGGAGCUUUGGUCUUCACACUCUAAUAAGCCAGACCUCCUUGGCUGCGACACUCCCAGUAACGGAAUUUCUAUUCUCAAAGAGACAGCCAGAUGCCUGAUGGUUCCUGUCUUUUAGGAGGCAGGUUUGGGUGACAGGACAUUUUGUUUAGAAAGGCCUUUGGGCAAAGGGCCGAAAGUUUAAUAGUUGCAUUUCAUUUUAGUUAGUUUUAAUCUACCUUUUAAGAUUAUAAACUGUUUUAUUUCAGUUCUAAUUCUUGUAUUUAUCAAUUUGUUGAAAUGUUUUGGAAAGGUAGCAAGUUAUGGUUAAUAAUGGAAGUUUGGGAAACAUAACAUAGUUAUGAAAAACAUGGUGACAUUAACAAUUGUGAGGAGUAUACAACUGAUUUUGGGGUGGGGUGGGUUAUUUAGGAUUAUUGUUAACAGGUUUGUAAAAUUUUAUACACUUAAUAGUUACAGUAACACUGUGCAAUAUAUAGGCAUUGGUGGCUUUGUAGAGAAGAAUAAGGAGACUUCAGUGUUCUCUAAUGGGUCAGGAACCCUGGCAAGGUAUGCAAGUAUUAGCGUCUCAUGACUUUUGCAUUAUUCUCAGUAUGGAGUUUAGGAUUUCUGUUAAAGUCCUCACGCACCCAGUCCAUUUUCUGACAAAGGACAUUUUCCAUUCUUUCAGAUAUGGUUCUUACCUCGUGUGGAGGGAAUUGGGAGGCUUCAAUGAAAAAUCCCUGGUUCCCCUUGGGCUGUACGCAGGAAACCUGGCAUUAAAUUGGUCAUGGGUCCCCAUAUUCUUCGGAAAGCACCAAACAGGCUGGGUAAGUGGCGGAAUGCUCUGUGUCAGUCCAUGCCCUUGUGGCUUAGAGCAGUGAUUUGCCAGCUUUCUGCCUUAAGGGAGUUCUUUCAGCUAUAAGUUACCCGCUGGGGAACUUGUAUGUGUUGUAGAGUUGUCAGAGGAAUGCUUAUUUGUUUUUAAUGAAUUUUAAAGAAUUUUUAACUGCUUAAUAUUUAUAAAUCGCUAACCAGUAUACAAAAAUACAAUCCAAAAGCAGCAAUUCAACAAUAAUGGGGUCCAAUUUUAUGAGUCACGUUAAGUCUGGCCAGAAAUCUGACUUUCAGAGACAUCUGAAGUUGCUGACGGAUGAUCCUUCAUGUAUGGCAGAGGGAAGGAGAUUCCGCUGUGCAGAGUUCCCACAAUAAGGACUUGGGAAUGUGAGCAAUAAUGAGCACAGAUCAUGUUGGCGUGCUCAGCCAAAAUCCUUGGAGCUUUGGCUAUUUGACUUUUUGCUUUACAAAAGCCCAUGGAUAUUUGGGUAUGUUGCUGUUAAAGGGGUCAAGUACUACACUGAGUAAAUGCCGUGUAAUCAGCACAAAAACAAGGCAAAGGGGUGUGUGGCUGAAGUUGCAGUUAUUUGUAGCCCUCUCUGCUCUAGGAUCCCAUGAAGAACUCAUUUUAAUGUCACUCAUUUCUUUUUCAGGGGCUGGUGACUAUAUUGCUCACCACAGGAGCAGCAACAGCCACAACUACUGUCUGGUACCAUGUCAACAAAACAGCAGCAUAUUUGAUGUACCCUUAUUUAGCCUGGCUAACUUUUGCCUCUGUGCUGAACUAUCGUAUCUGGACAGACAAUCGCAAUAAGAAACACCUGUAACACACAUUUUUCCAGGGCUUUUUUUUUUUUAAAGAAACAUUUUCUAAGUUGGAUUCCAAUUCCACCACCCUAGUGCUUAAUCCAUAUGCUGUCUCAGAUUUAUUGCUUAAUAAAUCUAAUAAACUUCAGUAACGGACCCAGAAAUUGUGAUUAUUAAUGUAUUUGUAGCCAGGCUGUCCUUAUGUCCACACGUCCUUAAUUUGGGAUCUGCACUUGGCAAGGUUUGAUUUAAAACUGACACACAUACGUAAGGCCAAUUGCUUGCUCAUCACAAGAGAGUUUGCCGUCGGAUUAUGAGCUGUCUUCAUUCGGAAAGCACUGUGUUUGAGGCUGCAUGCACAUUUGACCUGCAGAUGCAGCCUUCUGGUAGCCACACGCACUGGUGAACCAGCCCAAAGAAUAGCACUGUAGAAAAGGUCAUGGAAUUCUUGAGCUUCAAAGGGUCUGGAGGUUUUUAUAGAGAUUUUUAUAGCGAAACUAUAGACCUUUUCUUUAACUUACCUUUAAUAGAAAAAUAUAUUGUGUAUUUGCGUCUCUCAGCCUACUUAGGAAACCCUUUGGGCUUCCUAAGAGCUGGGUAGAAACUCUUGACGAGACUUGUUGAUGCUAUAAACAAAGCAUGGAAGUGGAAGGAGCACAUCCAAGCAUUAAAAAUGGGAAUAUGAAUGUAAAAACAGACUGGCUGCUGGAUCAGCAUCCUGUUUACAUGGUGGCCAACCAGAUGCCUGUGGGAAGCCUGCAAGCAGGAUCUGAGCACGACAGCACUCUUCCCCUCCUGCCGUUUCUAGCAACUGGUAUUCAGUAGUGGAGGAAGAAGCUAUCCAUCGGGGAUAUGAAGCGAUUUAAUGGCACCUUAUCUGGCAAAAAGAGUGCUGGCAAAAUUCAGUAUUUUAAAACCCACAGCUCAGUAACAACCAAUCCCUUAUAUUCCCAUCUAAUGCUGCUUCACAGUAAGUGCUCAUGCCAGAUGUGGCAUUUUGCUCAUUUUUAGAGAUGGGACAAACAAGACCAGAGCAUAGCAAUUUGUCAAGGGGGUGAGCUAACAGGCAACCUGAUUCUGGCCCUAUGUAAAACCAGUGAGACAAGACUCAGUUUCAAAGCAAAACUUUUUUACUUUGCUGCCAUACUGGAGAGCCCACUGCAGGGAAGAAACACUGUAUUAUGGGGGGACAUUUUAUCUGGCUGGAGUUGUCCAGCUGGCAGAAGAUGGGCUGUGUUAAGCAAGAGAUAGAAGUCUGUUUGCUGCUUUAAAAAACACGUACUCCUGUCACAAGGUGAACUGAACCACCAUCCCUGUUGGCCUGGGAUAUCGGGAACUUAUCUUCCCAAAGCAGUGCUGCAACUCAAAUACAUUAAGAGCUCAUUAAAAGGGAGGGCAGCAGUCAGGCAAAGAAUGAACAUGUAAAGUGAUGCUUGCUCCUUUUUUUAAGGUGUGUGGGGAGGCAGGAGGGGAGGGCCAGUGGCUGAACCAUUUUAUUUGCUAGAAUAAAGAAUGGAAAUACUGGAAGCAAGCAAGGUUUAUGUUGCAAAACAAGGAAGCUGAAGUGACUUCUCAACGUGAAGACCUGAUACACCAAGAAACAAAAAUUACAGAUGCUCUUGUGUUAUUUCAAAGGCAGUUUCUGGUAUUUGUGGGGACAUAGUUUAUUGAAAUUCUGCAGGCAUAGGAGCCAGCUAUGGCUUUCAAAUAAUUUGCUUCAUAUUCAUUUGUAAAACAAAGCCUUUUAAGAUGCGGGAGCACAAUGGUCUUAAGAAAAACAAUGGCCUCAGUAAAUCUGCAGCAAGUUAUAAAAACACAAAGGACAUAGGGAAAAGCGUACGGAUACUUCUUUGUAACCAACAAAAUAUACCAACUACUGAG